AUGGCCUUCUCGCUGGUCAUCGACGACCUCUCGCUGGCGCUGCUUCUCGGCAUCGUCGUGGCGCUCUCGGCAUCCAUCUACACUGCCCGCGCCUACCAGCCCCUCAUCCACCCGCUCAUCCUCUCGCGCCAGGCCGACGUCUCCAAGGUCAGGCAGACCAACGAAUCCGCAAUCUACCGCAACGCCAACUCGCCCUCCGGAUUCGACCUCGCCGAAAAGCCCAGAAAAGAAGCUACCAGCAUCGCCGCCCUCGUCGCUGCAGGUGCAAAGGGCACCGAAGCACAGCACUCUCGCCAGAUCUACGACCGGCAGGCCACCAAUGCGCACAUCGCCCGAGACAGCGCAGCCUUUGCCGCUGGCCUCGUCAAGCUCUCGUCGGCACCCGCCUCCCAGAUCUGCGCAGCCAUCACCGUCGAGAUGGACAGCUACGAGAGCCUCGUAGCCCUCCUCGCCGGAGCCCACUCCGCCUCCUCCUCGCCCUUCCACACGCUGGUCCUGGCGCCCUCGUCAAUCUCGGACAAGCCACCGUCGUCGGUCCCCCCCAAGGUCGCGUCAGCCGGUGCUCGCGCCAUCUCGGCCAUCUUCACCACCCCCACUGCGCUCCGCGACGUCCUGUCCCUCGGCCCGCUAGACCCGUCUGCUCUCGUCAUCCUGCCCACCCAGCAGGACGUGGCGCAGGCCAGCAAUGACGGCGGCUCCCACCGUCUGCGCUUCGUCUCGUUCCAAGACGUCCUCGAUGCCGGCUCCGCUGGCAGCGACGGCGGUGACAAGGCUGGCUCUGCCGACCUCGCAGCGAUUCACUCCCACUACUGGCGUGGCAAGCAGGGCUGGACCGCCGUCUCGCACGGCAGCCUCAUCUCGGGCGUCACCACCCACCUCUCGUUCUACCCCGCCGACAAGAUCCCAUCGACGUCCGACCGGAUCUAUGUCGAGGCUUCGGCGUCCAAGACGUCGCUGACGCCCCCGAUGAUGGCGACUGUGACGCCGUCCGGACUGGCUAUCGCCCUGCUGGCUCUCUACACCGGUGCGGGCCUGGCCGCGUCCACCCUGACAAACAGCUGGGAAGACGCCAACCCGGCCGUCACCAAGAAGCUGUUCGACUUUGCGCCCACGCUCAUCUACGCCACGGCCGAGGGCGCGUCGUCGCUGGCGUGCGCCCUCACCACCGUCAGCCGGCGCGCCUCGCUGUCCGGUCUGGCCACCAGGAGCAGGCUCUACACGCUCCGCAACGGCACCUACGGCAGGCACGGCCUGUUCGACGCGCUCGUCUACCGUAGGAGCCGCGAGGCCACCGGCUGCCUCUACGUACGCAACGUCGUCAUCGUCGGCCAAGGCUCCUCCGUGCUGCAGGGCCUCCUCGACUCGCUGCGCAUCCACCUCGGUUGCGCCGUACAGAACACCUACCUGCCGUCUUCGCUCUCGUCGACUGCCGACGUGGCCAACGCGGAUGAGGACGCCUACUGUGCCACUGCCCCGAUCAGCGCCACCCACAGCUUCGACCUCCAGGCGUUUGCGGACAAGGACGACGAGGGCAACCAGCUGCCGGCCCACGUCGGUCCUCCGGCCGUCUCGGUCGAGAUCAAGGUGGUGCAGACGCCGAGGGCAUCGACACUGGGCCUGACGAUCGAUGGCAACAAGCCCGAGGGCUUCCAGGACGACCCCAUGGGCGAGGUCUACGUCCGCGGCAAGACGCUCACCGGCAGCGUCGACGGAGCGCAACAGUGGCUCAAGACGGGCGACCUGGCCGGCUUCCGCGCCAAUGGCACCCUGGUCGUCUUCCAGGAUGCCGCCGAGUCGGCCCCCGUCGGCGUGCCGACGCUGAGCUCGCGUCACCCCGUGUCUCGCCGACGCCGCUCCAGGGCGCUGUUCGGGCCGAGCAAGGGAUUGACGGCCGCCGCCGUCUCGCUGCUCGCCAUGGUUGGCCUGCUCGGGCUGAGCGCGCCGCUGGUCCAGGCAGCCGACAGCAACAGCACGCUGGUCGAGGUGGCGCGGACGGGCAUGCUGGCCGGCCAGCGCGCUAGCUGGGAGCAGGGGACGGGGCAGUCGGCCUUGCUCGAGCUCGACUAUCCUGCAUGGUCCGUCUUCACGUCCAAGUCGGGCGGUCCUCCUUACAAGCCGAGCAACGUGCGGUCGGACGCCGGCAACCUGCCCUACUCGGUGCUGAGCAUGGCGUACCACUCUGCGGCGCGCCAGGACCGGCUCGGGCGGCUCGCCUUCCGGAUCAGCGGCGACGAGAACAUCACCGCAGGCAGCGCCCUCGAUGGCACCAGCGCCGGCGAGCACGUGCUGCUGGCCGCCUGGAUCGAUGGCGAGCUGGACCGCACGACGGGCGAGCUGGGCUCGGGCAUGUACGCCGACGCCGCGCGGAGGGCGCUCAACUACAUUCUCGAGGACGUGCCGCGAUCCCAGACGGGCGCCAUCAGCCACCGCGCCACGUACGCGUCGCUGUGGAGCGACGCCGUCUACAUGGGCCCGCCUUUCAUCGCCUACUACGGUUUGAUGACGCGCAACGACAGCCUGCUGCAGCUGGCAUACGACCAGGUGCGCCUGUACCGCGACGGGCUGCGGUACACCGAGGGCAACGGCGCCAACCUGUGGGGCCACAUCCGGUUCGCCGACAACGCCACCUGGACCGACGCCGGCACCUGGGUGACGGGCAACGGGUGGGUGACGGCGGGCAUGCUGCGGGUGCUUGCGACGAUUGAGCAGAGCGCGGCGUCGAACCGCAUGACGAGCCAGAAGACGGACCUGGUCAACUGGAUCGGCGAGGUCCUCGACGCCGCCUACCCGUUCCUCGACGAGCAGUCGCUGCUGUUUCACAACUACCUCAACCAAACCGACAGCUUUCUCGACUCGGCGGGCACGGCGCUGAUGGUCUACUCGACCUUCCGGCUGGCGUCGGUGACGGGGCGCGACCGGCACGUUGACGUGGCCGAGCGCAUCUACGGCCGGCUGCAGACGGCGCUGUCGCGCGAGGGCAUCUUCCGGUCGGGCUUCCCGACCGUCGACGUGCUCGGCUUUACGCACCAGGGCGACACGAGCUCCGAGAGCCUGUCGUUCAUGAUGCUCAUGGACGCGGCGCGGCGAGACUACCGGGCCGGCGGCAUCGCGCGCGUGACGGGCACCGACGUGGCCGACUCGAACGGUGCCUUGGGCGGUGGCCUGUUGCCUGCUGCGUCGGCCCGCACCGCUGCGGUGGCGCUGGCGGCCGGCGUGGUGGCCGUGGUGCUGGUCGGGCUCUGA